AUGAAUGCGGUGCUGCUCCUUGCCUGUUGCGGAUGUGAUGGGUUUAGCUUCCCCUUUCUCAGGUUGAGGUCGUUGGAGUUGUUGGAUGGUCGGGUCAAACUGCCGGUUCUGCUAUUUAGUUUAGUACGUGCGGUCCACUUGCAGCAGUACGAGGUCCUGCUAGGUCAUUCUCUUUCCAUGGAAAAACUCAACCAGAAUGCCUCCCGAGGUUCCGGAACAAGCUCGGUAGCGUCUUUGAAGGUGUGGAGCUGCCAAACACACUGGCCCACAGCUUGGUUCAGAAGCUUUCAAGUCAGCAAUGCACACUCAUGA